AGCAUCACAAGACGCGUUCACGUGUCCUACCCGCGGAAAAUCAAGCAUUUCCAAAUAAUGAUAAGCGGAGAAACAAAGAGAGACACGAGGGGUAAGAAAGGAGGAACAUUUCAAACAGAUGCACCGUAAUAAAUAACGACUCCAGCUGAGAAAUACAUUUGCAUUUUGAAGUGUUUUUGGGGUAAAAGCGUGUCAGAGAAACGAUUGUUCUACAAUACACAUCCGGGUCUUUUUCAGUGACAUGUUAAUGUGCAUGGUGGCGUGUGCAGAGGCUGUUAUAUAAAGGGUGAAGAAGAAGAGGAGAUGAGAGGUACCUGCAGAACUGAAACUGAUCCUGAAGAUGAAGCAAGAAGCGAAACUGACCCGGAGGACAUCUUUCUCUGUGGAGGACAUUUUAGACCCGGCGAAAUUUACAAGAAGACACAUUUGUGCAGAGGAGGAAACUUCAACAGAAUCUUCCCCCCACAGAGAUGAAGGCAGAGAUCUCCACAGCCCUGAGGAAGAGGAGGAAGGUGAUGAAGGUGAGGAGGCUCCAUGUCCGGGGAGGAAGAGGCUCCACAGCCCGAAGAAGAGCCGCAGGAUCCGCACGGCCUUCAGCCUGGAGCAGCUGCACCUCCUGGAGCUCAGCUUCAGACGCAGCCACUACCUGUCGGUGUUCGAGAGACAGAACAUCUCCGCGCUGCUGCAGCUCUCUGAGACCCAGGUGAAGAUCUGGUUCCAGAACAGACGCACCAAGAGGAAGAAGGAGCGGCAGCUGAAGGGUCCGGAGAACGAGGAGGAACACGGGUACAUGGACAGUUUCUCCCCGCUCAGCGGUAACCAGAUGUUCUACCCUCAGAUCCACAUGUUCUCCCCGCUGGUGCCUUUCCAUCAGCAGCACUAUUACACAUGACGGGUACAUUACGGAGAAAAAGGACUUCCCGUAGAAUAUGGCACUAUUUUCAUGAUUCAUAAGAGCUGUAUAAGUGCCAAACAUGACUGAAUUUAUUAACGUAACGUAUUUUUAUAAUGUAAUUAUGCUAUAACUUAUUUUUUUAAUAAACAUUUUCUAUGAAGUUUU